AUGGGAACACCGGAAACUUCACGAGAACCUUGUCCAGAUCGCAUCCUCGACGACGUUGGCGGAGCCUUCGGGAUGGGCGCCGUCGGCGGCUCCGCCUUCCACUUCCUCAAAGGUCUCUACAAUUCCCCCAAAGGCGAUCGAUUAAUCGGCGCAACACAAGCCGUUCGUCUCAACGCUCCGAGAAUCGGCGGUAGUUUCGCCGUUUGGGGUGGUCUUUUCUCCUCUUUUGAUUGUACUAUGGUUUACGUUCGUCAGAAAGAAGAUCCAUGGAAUUCGAUUGUUGCCGGUGCUGCCACCGGUGGUUUUCUUUCUAUGCGUCAAGGUUUAGCUGCUUCCGCUAGAUCCGCGGCGUUUGGCGGUGUUCUUCUUGCGCUUAUUGAAGGUGCGGGGAUCGCGCUUAACAAGUUUCUUAGUGCUCAGCAGCCUAUGCCGAUUAUGAUGGAUGAGAUGCCGCCGCAGACGCCGGAGAAUUUGGAUUCGAACAAGUCGUCAUGGUUCGGUGGAAUGUUCGGCGGUGCGAAGGAAGAAGAGAAGAAUGCCAGUGGAGGAAGUGAUGUGAAGAUUCUUGAGAGUUUUGAUGCUCCUCCUGUGCCGAAUUUCGAGUACAAGUGA